AUGGCUUCUCGUAGGGGUGUUGGACUCGGCGCCUUUGCAAACCGCUCCCAAGCCACACAAUCCUACGCAAACCAUGGCGCAAACCUACGCUCAACGCAUACUUCCUCGCUGCAGACCCAGCUCUCCGUAUUCCAGACCCUCCUUCACAACUUCGCCCUAGAACAUAGCUCAACGAUCAAGUCCAACCCAACGUUCCGCGCAGAGUUCGCCCGUAUGUGUAAUGCCAUCGGCGUCGACCCCCUUGCUGCUAGCAACGUAAAAGGCAAAAAUGGACGCAAGGCCCUGGGCGACAGCGCAUCCUUCUGGACGCAGAUUAUGGGCGGUGACAUGAAUGAUUUCUACUUCGAGGUUGCUGUCCGUGUGGUUGAGCUAUGCCGUGAGACGCGAAGUGAGAAUGGCGGUUUGCUUGGUGUUGAGGAGUGCCGGAAGCGCGUCGGCAAGGGCAAGGCCAUUGGAAGUGGACUUGAGGUUACGGACGAUGACGUCCUCCGUGCUGUUAAGUCACUUGAACCACUAGGCUCAGGCUUCUCUAUCAUCCUCGUCGGCAACAAGCAAUAUAUCCGCUCGAUACCCAAGGAGUUGAAUACCGACCAAUCCACUGUACUCGAAGUCAUACAGGUUCUGGGCUACGUCAGUGUCUCAAUGUUACAAAUCAAUCUAAAGUGGGAAAAGGCUCGCGCACAAACUGUCAUGGAUGAUCUUCUGGCAGAUGGACUAGUUUGGGUCGAUCUACAAUGUGCAGAGAAGGAAUACUGGUCGCCCCAGGGCCUCCUUGAAGAUGCUGAUGAGGGCUGA